AUGGGUUGUAAGCUAUCUCAACUCGCAGCGUCUGAGUUCAGUCAAGAUCCCUUGGAGCGACCUCCACCACCUUCCGACCCUCGUUCACCUCUCACCGCCAAACAGCAAUACAGCAUCAUGGCAUCAUGGAAAGGAAUAUUCCGACAGAUUGAGACUACGGGAAUUAUUUUAUUCGUUAAAUUAUUCGAAGAAAACGAAGAGCUGCUUCACUUGUUCGAGAAGUUUCGCGAGCUUCGUUCAAAGGAAGCCUUUGUUACUUCCACAGAGCUGGCUGAACAUGCUACUAAGGUUAUGCAUACCCUGGACGAAGGUAUCAAGGGCCUCGCUGACAUGGACUCGUUCUUCGCCUACGUGAGACACGUGGGCGGUACGCAUCGGCAAGUUCCAGGGUUCAAGGCGGAAAACUUCUUGAAAAUCGAACAACCGUUCCUAGAAGCAGCGAAGACAACCCUUGGCGACAGAUAUACACCCAACAUCGAGAAUAUAUACAAGAUCACAAUCCGAUUCAUAUUAGAAAACCUCGUGAAGGGCUACGAAGAGGCUGACCAAGAGAAUGGAACUGCAGAAACUUGA